GGGCGAGGCUGACAGAUCGCCGGCCGGGUGGGUGGGUGCAAGAUGGCGCGAGCCGCGCUCCCCUUGCGCCCCCCGCGCUCCUAGGCGGCAUGCGGCCUCAGCCCCCCGCCGCCCGGGCUCGGCCCCGGCCCGAGCCCCGGCCCCGGUCUCGGCCCCGGCGUCGGCCCCGCGGGACGCUGUGAGCCGAGAGAGGCCCGGGAGCCCCGCGCCCCGAGAGCGCCCAUGGCUGCGCCGCGCCCCGCGCCCCUGCUGCUGCCGCCGCCGCCGCUGCUGCUGCUGCUGCCCGCGCUGCUGCUGUCCGCGCCGGGCCAGGGUCUUGGUUACUCUGCAGAACUGGCAUUUGCUCUGGAACCUAGUGAUGACAUUGCUGUCCCGGGGCAGCCCUUAUUACUAGGCUGCAAAGUGGAGGGGACCCCUCCUGUGCGAGUCACCUGGAGGAAGAACGGGGUGGAGCUGCCAGAGAGCACCCACGCCACCGUGCUGGCCAACGGGUCCUUGCUGAUUCCUCACUUCUGGACGGAGCGGCCAGGCAGCCUUUCCGAGGACGAGGGCGACUAUGAGUGUGUGGCCCAGAACCGCUUUGGGCUGGUGGUCAGCCGCAAGGCGCGCAUCCAGGCUGCAACCAUGUCAGACUUCCACGUGCACCCCCAAGCCACGGUGGGCGAGGAGGGCGGCGUGGCCCGCUUCCAGUGCCAAAUCCAUGGGCUUCCCAAGCCCCUGAUCACGUGGGAGAAGAACAGAGUGCCCAUUGACACGGGCGAUGAGAGGUACACGUUACUGCCCAAGGGGGUCCUGCAGAUCACAGGCCUCCGGGCCGAGGACAGCGGCGUCUUCCACUGUGUGGCCUCGAACGUCGCCAGUGUCCGGAUCAGCCACGGGGCCAGGCUCACCGUGUCAGGCUCAGGCUCGGGGGCCUACAAGGAACCAACGAUCCUGGUGGGGCCUGAGAACCUCACCCUGACCGUGCACCAGACCGCAGUGCUGGAGUGCGUCGCCACGGGAAACCCGCGUCCCAUUGUGUCCUGGAGCCGCCUGGAUGGCCGCCCCAUUGGGGUGGAGGGCAUCCAGGUGCUGGGCACAGGGAACCUGAUCAUCUCCGACGUAAGCGUGCAACACUCGGGCGUCUACGUGUGUGCAGCCAACAGGCCGGGCACGAGGGUGAGGAGGACAGCUCAGGGCCGGCUGGUGGUGCAAGCACCCGCUGAGUUCGUGCAGCACCCACAGUCCAUCUCCAGACCGGCAGGGACCACGGCCAUGUUCACCUGCCAGGCGCAGGGGGAGCCUCCGCCCCAUGUCACGUGGCUGAAGAAUGGCGAGGUGCUGGGCCCCGGAGGCCAUGUGAGACUCAAGAAUAAUAACAGCACGCUGACCAUUUUGGGAAUCGGCCCUGAGGACGAGGCCAUCUACCAGUGCGUGGCACAGAACAGCGCCGGCUCAUCCCAGGCCAGUGCCAGGCUGACUGUGCUGUGGGCCGAGGGGCUCCCUGGGCCUCCCCGAAAUGUCCGGGCCGCCUCUGUGUCAUCCACCGAGGUCCGAGUGUCCUGGAAUGAACCCCUGGUCAACACCAAGGAGAUCAUAGGCUAUGUCCUGCAUAUCAGGAAGGCUGCCGAUCCUCCGGAACUGGAGUAUCAGGAAGCAGUCAGCAAGAGCACCUUUCAGCACUUGGUGAGCGACCUGGAACCCUCCACGGCCUAUAGCUUCUACAUCAAGGCCUACACACCCCGGGGGGCCAGCUCAGCCUCCAUCCCCACCCUGGCCAGCACCCUGGGCGAAGCGCCCGCCCCACCGAUGCUCUCUGUGCGGGUCCUGGGCGGCUCCUCCCUGCAGCUGCUGUGGGAGCCCUGGCCCCGGCUGGCUCAGCAUGAUGGUGGCUUCAAACUGUUCUACCGCCAGGCGGGCCAGGCCUCCUUCGCCGGCCCCAUCCUGCUGCCAGGAACCACCUCCUCCUACAACCUCAGCUGGCUUGACCCCAGCGCCGUGUACGAGGUGAAGCUGCUGGCCUAUAACCAGCACGGGGACAGCAAUGCCACCGUCCGCCUCGUGUCCCUGCGGGGAGCAUCGGACAGGACAGCUCUGAGCCCGCCCUGUGACUGCCGGAAGGAGGACGCUGCCAACCAGACGUCUACCACAGGCAUCAUCAUUGGUAUCCACAUUGGGGUCACCUGCAUCAUCUUCUGUGUGCUUUUCCUCUUGUUUGGCCAGAGGGGCAGGGUCCUCCUGUGUAAGGAUGUGGAAAAUCAGCUCUCGCCUCCCCAGGGUCCCCAGGGCCAGAGGGACCCUGGUGUCCUGACCCUGAAUGGCAUAGCCCAGAGGGAGCGGGGUCAGCUGGGCCAAGAGGAGAAGCGCGUGGAUGCCAAGGAACUGGAGCAGCUGUGUCCCCCAGCAGGGGUGGUGGGGCGGCCGAGCCCCAGUCCCACUGUGAGUGCUCCCACCCCUAGCCACAGUCCCUUGAGCACAUCCCCUUCCUGCCCUGCAUUCCUGGUGGCCAUAGACCUCAGUCACCAGCCUUGUCCAAACUCUAGAUCUGCUCUGAGCACACAACUCAAGCCAGGCAGGGAGGUCGUGAGACCCCAACCCCUGGGUGGGAUGCGGUCUGACACUGUCCCUCCUCACGCAACACCUGUGCGACUGGCCCUGUCCCCACAGGAUCCUGCAGGUCUUGCCACGUGUGAGGAGACCCCGCUGUCCAUGCUACCACUUCAGGGGUUCAGCCUUGUAGAGGGGAGGACAGUGCAGGCCAAGGCCCCCUGUGUGGACCCCGUGGCUACCCUGCCAUCCCCGGAUGUAGGCCACCGUCUCCUCCCUGAAGGACAGGCUGCCCAGCUGGCUCACUCGGGUCAGUAGCCAGGGUUCGGCCAACUCUGAGGCGGGGAGCCCCCAUUCUCAGGUCCCGGGCAAGAUUGCUCCUGUCACAUGGAAGUCAGAGGGUCCUGGGGGUGGCCCUGCAUCCGGUCCUGCGUCUGGGAGCUGGAGGGGACCCGCAGGAGCCCCGAUUCCUGGGCUGAUGUCUCCUCGCUGCUGCCUGGUGCCCAUGUGGCUUGGAAGUGAACGAAAGCUUUCCUCCGAAAAACUGAAACUGAAAAAGAGAGAGGAAGAAGAGAGAGGACGGUGAAUUAGACUCCGAAUAGUUGCCCCUGCUGCGCCGCUGUGCGUGCGCCUGGUUUUCUCAGGAUGGAUUUUGCUGUGUUGGCUCUCAGCACCUACCUCAGCCGAUAUGAAUGUCGUGGGGAGGGGCCGGCACCCAGGCCCUGCCCUCAGAGCCCAAUGCACGCCUACCUCAAGCCCUCCUGUGGCUCCCCUCCGCCCCCAUCGUUGUCCAGAGUGAAAAAAACAAAAAACAAAAAAAAAUAUGGAGCCCCCAUCUCCAGGUGUGAAAGAAGCCAUCUACCUCAAGGCCCAGAGCUCUGUGGCCACCUGUCACUGGACCUUCUUCCUGGCCCUCGUCCUCCUCCGCCACCACCCCGACAGGAGGCCCAGGGGGCCAGAAAUAAAGAUGGAAUUGGUCAGAGAGAAAAUGUGAAAGAAGCCAAAAAUAAGAGGGGACUCGCUCCUCCAAGUACGAAUUGUCCCAAACCAGCCUCCUCCCAGGCCUGCUGCCUGUGCUGUGUUGCCUGCCUCCUAUCCACCCCCGUGACCCUCUCAGCCAGCCCCCCGCCAUCGGGCUCCCCGGGGCGCUUCUGAGGCUGCAACGAGGGACCUGGGCUGGGCCAGGCUGGGCCGGGCCCCCAGAAUGUAUUAUCUAGGGACAGCGUGUGCGGGGCGCCCAGGCCUCUGUGUUGGCCGCAGCAGCCUGACCCCUCAGCAGAUGUGGCCAGGAGCUAUUUUUAUACGAGGUGUGUUUAAGGGUCAUGUUCCUGUGACUUCGUUUCUCUUUUCUGUUGUCUUGUUCUUUAAAUGACUUAGGUAAAGAAGGAAGGAGACAAAUACUAUUUUUGGUUACACUCAGAACAUUUUUUUAAAUAGCAGAAAGAAAACUUUUUUUAAAAAAAGAAAACAAAAAGAGAGGUGUGUUUCUUAAGAAUGAGAUGAAAACAUUUAAGUUCUGAUGGACCCCUGUCCCCACCACGACCCUCUAGGAGCACCCCACCCUGGACUUUAGUUAAUUAGCCUAAGAAGAUAGAACCUGUGGUGUUUUCCUAGCACACUAGCAUUGUGUCCCUGUGGACUCCAGAAGGCCGAUCCCUCCUUCUCCCAAGUGACAGCGUCCCCUCAGUCCAGGCCUCCUCUCCGUUGGAGAGGUAGGGCUGGGGCCCACCUGGCCUGGCCUGGGUUUUGUCACACUCUCCUCAUGUUGACUGAAUAAAAGUCCUGUUGCCAAAGUGAA